CCCCAACACUACUAAUAAUCAAGUCGUCUUAAUUAUAUUCUAAUCAUCACUCGAUCGCAUUUAUUAUCGCCACCAGCACAGUUAAGCAAAGCAGCUGCGGCGGCGCUCGAUCAUGAUGACCACCGCAACUCCUCCGCAAUCUCCCGGCUUCGUAAAGGAGGAGCAAGAGCAAGUCCGGCCACUGGCCCCGGCCGCCGCCUCCGGAUACAGCCACCGCAUGGACGACGCAGAAACCGGAAGGCUGGCCGCGAAGGACCGGCGGAUACGGAAGUGCGUCAUGUGUGGCGGCUGUUGCUGCGCGACAACCUUAAUUAUAAUCCUCGUGGUCAUAAUAUUAGCGUUGACUGUUUUCCGGGUCAAAGAUCCCACUAUCAAGACAGAUUCCAUCAGAAUCGACGGCCUAAGUUCUCUUAUGAAUACCAACAGCAUCCUUAACCCUAACGUCAACUUGACGCUCUCCGCCGGAAUCUCCGUCAAGAACCCGAACAGGGCGUCGUUCAGAUUCGACGAGGCGACGACGAGCUUGAUUUACGACGGGAGAGUGGUGGGGGAGGCUAAGAGUCCGCCGGGGAACGCUAGGGCACGGCGGACGUUGACCAUGAACGUGACGGUCAACGUUUUGGUCCAAAAUUUGGCCAGCGCGUCACGUUUGCCGCGAGAUUUGCUGGCGGGAAAGAUGCCGGUUGCCUUGUCCACUAAGAUUCAUGGGAAAGCAAAGGUUGUGAUCAUAAAGAAGAGCGUCACUGUGAGGAUGAACUGUACGAUGUCGUUUGACUUGUCGAGCCAAAAUAUUGAGGAUCUUGACUGCAGCAAAAAGGUGUCACUUUAGAGCGGAUCCGACAUAGAAAAAUUGUUACAAAAGUUAUAGUGUUAUGUAUGGAUGUACACAAAAAAUACUACAUCCGUCCCAAAUUGAGUUGCAACUUUGACUUUUCUUGGUCAAACAGAUUCGUUUUGUUCGCUUAAUUGGGAUGUCAAUUUUUAAUUAUAUUCCAAUUUGGAGUUUACAACUUUGAAGAGAUUUCAAUGUAGUUUAUGAAUAUGUAAUUUUUAAUUAUUAAAAAUUGAAUUAGUUAUCAAUAAGAAGGUUUAACGUUUAUUAUUAGUUGACCAAAA